CGACCUUCUUACUGAAAGGAUCUAAAUUCAAAAUUUCGACGCCUGAUUUUUAAACAUUUAUAUUGAAUUUUGUUUUUAAUUUUUGUUUGUUCAAGUUUUUUAUUAAGUUAAUUAAUUUUUUUAUUUCAAAAUGAGAGUGUUGUGCUUAGUUCUUAUCGUCGGUGUCGUGGCCUGCAAUGGCGCCCCGGGGGCUGCUAAUCAAGAAGAUGAGAAGGUCGAAUUAUUCUCUGGGGUCACUAUUCAAAGAGAUAUAACAGGAGAAGACAAAAUUAAUGUAAAAUUUGAACCUGGAGAAUUAAAGGACGCUGCGAGAACUUUCGAAGAAGCUCGCGGCAAGAUCAAGAAAUACACUCCUUUACUCGCCGGUAUCGGCGUUAAGGUUGUAGCUAUAGCUGCUCUGCUUUUUGGCGGAUUGACGUUAUUGGUGACCAAAGCUCUCGUCGUGGCUAAAUUGGCCUUCCUUGCUGUGACUGCGCUGGGUAUCCAAAAACUUCUGAGCAGUGGCAGUCUUAAUGGAAUUGGUGGCAAGAUCGCCAGUUUCCAAUCUUCGCCGCAGCAAUGGUCGUCACCGACAGCAUCAGCAGGGUCCUAUCCUUACGCCAGAUCAUCAAGCAUCGCACAGGACGCGAACGACUUGGCCUACAAGACACAGAUACCUUCUUAGAUUUAUGUAGCUCUGGUAGAAAUUUAUCAAUAUUUUCAAAAACAGUUUCCUUUUUAAUGCCAUAUUUCUUUGCAUUUUUUUAAGAGAAUAAGAUGUUGUGGAAGAUUUUGAAUAAUGUUUCCCCAUAUUACAUAUAUAAUAGAAUUUUCGUUUAUAAAAAGGCCAACUCUAUUUUGUAAAUUAUAAUAAUCAAGAUGAAAAAAAAGACAAAAUAUUUUAUGUCACAAGGUAGUGUGUGCACCAAGUUCAUCGAUUAUUUUUAAAGAUGUUUUAAAAAUACUCAACGACUUUAUGUAAUGAUAAGUUGUAAUAGUAACUUGGACACUGAGGCCAAUAUAUAAUGUUAAGAACUUUGAAAAAUUAUUUAAUUAAAGUGUAAGAAAGAAAUAAACAUUCCAGCACUUCCAAUGAUCUUAAUUAGUUUUAGGUGAAAUCUACUAUUUAAAUUCAUACAGAAAAGAUAAUACUAUGCAUUAAAGUGCAUAAUAUUAUUUAGAUUUUUUUAAAGAUAACCUUGCUUAAUUUGAUUUUAGAAUGCGUAAGAAGCUUUAAAUGUUUUAUUUUUCUAUAAAAG